UCCCGGCCCCACUAUCCCCUCUUUCUCUCACAAUACUACCUACUGCAACUUGGUCUCUCUUUCGCCUCUCUCUCUCUCUCUCUCUCUCUUUGCGAUUUGAAAUCGCCUCUGCUCUGAUUUUUCCGGCGAUACAAAAGUCGUAUUGAUUUUCCGGCGAUCUGUCUUUUAUUUUGAUUUCUUUUUCUCUGUCGCUGUCUGUUGAGCUGUUUGAGCUUUUGCCGAGGCGGAUUUUGUUGCUUUACGGCCGUCUGUUGAAUUUCGUGAUUCUGGGCUGUGUUUUGGAGGUUUGAAUUUAAUUUAGAGAAGCUCAUGGGUUUUGAUAUUCCGAUCUGAAAAAGAACUAUGGGUUUUCUUUGUUCGGCGUGAAAAUUGCUCGUUUUGCUGACAAUAUUGUUCUUUGUUUUGUUCCUCAGUUAACAGAUAGUUGGCUUGGUUUGUUCAUUAAUCGAUAAGCGCUUUGAUCAUCAACAGUUUGCUGCUGGUGAUCAAAAUUGACAAUGUCAGGACCCUUGGAUCGAUUUGCCAGGCCUUGUUUUGAUGGUUCAUCUGGCAGUGAUGAGAGAAAGGAAAGAAAGUCCGAUUUCGAAAAUUCUGAGGAUGAAAGGAGAACGAGGAUUGGUUCUUUGAAAAAGAAAGCACUCAAUGCAUCUACCAAGUUCAAACACUCUCUCAAGAAAAAAGGCGGCCGGAGAAAGAGUGAUGGUAGAGUCAGUUCUGUCUCGAUUGAGGAUAUCCGAGAUGCUGAGGAACUUAAAGCUGUUGAGUCUUUUAGACAAGCCUUGAUAUUGGAUGAGUUGCUACCUGAGAAAUUUGAUGAUUACCAUAUGAUGUUGAGGUUUCUGAAAGCAAGAAAGUUUGAUAUCGAAAAAGCUAAGCUCAUGUGGGCUGAUAUGAUUCAGUGGAGGAGAGAAUUUGGUACUGAUACUAUUCUCGAGGAUUUUGAAUUCAAAGAGCUGAGUGAGGUUUUGAAGUAUUACCCUCAUGGCUAUCAUGGGGUUGAUAAAGAGGGAAGACCAAUAUACAUUGAGAGGCUGGGUAAAGUUGAUGCAAAUAAACUUAUGCAAGUAACGACAAUGGACCGUUAUGUUAGAUACCAUGUGAAAGAAUUCGAGAGAAGUUUUGCCAUUAAGUUUCCAGCUUGCACCAUAGCUGCAAAACGGCACAUUGAUUCAAGCACGACAAUUUUAGACGUUCAAGGCGUGGGGUUGAAAAACUUUACCAAGAGUGCUCGUGAGCUCAUCACGCGCCUCCAGAAGAUUGAUGGCGAUAAUUAUCCUGAGACUCUUCAUCAAAUGUUUAUCAUUAAUGCCGGUCCAGGUUUUAGGCUACUCUGGAAUACCGUAAAGAGUUUCAUAGACCCAAAGACAGCCACUAAGAUUCACGAGAUAGAUGAGAGAAAGCAAUACAUUGUUAAAAUUAUCCAAUUGCCCAAUUUUUUGGGAGGAAUGUGCACUUGCGCGGACCAAGGAGGAUGCCUUCUUUCUGAUAAAGGACCAUGGAAGAAUCCAGAGAUACUUAAGGUAAAAGGUAGUGAUACAUCUACAGCAGAGUCUGGAUCCGAAGCUGAAGACAUUGCUUCACCCAAAGCCACUAAGAGUUACUCACACCUUCGUUUGACACCAGUUCGUGAGGAGGCAAAGGCUAUUGGAACUGGCUAUUCUGGAUAUGACGAUUAUGUCCCCAUGGUUGAUAAGGCUGUCGACUCGGGAUGGAAGAAAGACACUUUCCAACAAAAGCUCCAUCUUUCUAGAGAUACUCUCCCGACCCCCGACUCACAGAAGGCUCCCGAAAAAAUCCACGUGCGGCUUCUGGCCUUCUUCAUGACCCUUUUCUUGUUUUUCCGUUCACUAUCGAGCCGUGCUGCGAGGAAGCUUCCGGAAGCUCCUGUGCAGACGAAUGAGGAAUUUAGUUUCGAGACGGGCCCUAAGGAGGAGCUGAGGCCUCCAUCUCCCAUGCGUUCGUUCACUGAAGCCGAGGUGCUUUCGACAGUGAUGAAGAAGCUUGGAGAGCUCGAGGAGAAAGUGGGGUUGUUGGAAUCGAGGCCUUCUGCAAUGCCGUGCGAGAAAGAGGAGCUACUCAAUGCUGCCGUUUAUCGGGUGGAUGCUCUCGAGGCUGAGUUGAUUGCCACCAAAAAGGCUCUUUAUGAGGCCCUGAUGAAACAAGAGGAGCUGUUGGCUUACAUAGACAGUCAAGAAGAAGCAAAGUACCGGAAGAAGAAGUUUUGCUGGUGAGACGUGUCGUGUUUGGAAUCUAAGGCUGUAAUCGAGGCUCGUCAACUGAAAACCCUAAUUCAGUGUUGAGUUGUGAAUUAAAUGUACAUUUCAUCGAUGAUGGAAAAAAACUUAAUAUUGCAUGCAUUUUCUGAACUACUUAUAUAUGCAAUACUCAAAUACUCCAUUCGCGUGAUUUAAGAUUUUUUUAAAUGACUUUUUUGGUGAUGUUUUCGGAACUUUGUUGGUGUGAUUUGAUUUUGAAACUUAAAAAUUAUUUUC